CUGUUAAAAAAAAAAAAAGGGUGCCUGUCCCUUUAAGAAGCAGCGCAGGCAGCGCUCGGUGGUUUUAUUCCACAGGAGUGCACCUUCUGCUCCAUCACCAGACGAUGCGCCCGGGUAACUUCUGAGAGACAGCGCUGCGUUCAGGAGCCGCAGCAAAGAUGGCAGACUCAAAGCAACAAGGGUCAUCUUCAUAAGUAGUUAAUGGAUCCAGUCUGAAAGCUACAACACCCACCCACUUCACUGACCUGUCUAAGACUGUAGCCAUGGCAACUUGUUCGACUGGUUGUGCGCCAGCUGUGCGCCUUUGUCAAAGACUGAACCGGCUCAAGACACUCGAUGGUGACAUGAUGGCGACUUCCCUGAAGCGCUGCCUCUCCACGCUGGACCUGACUCUGAUGGGUGUCGGUGGCAUGGUUGGCUCUGGGCUUUACGUCCUGACGGGAACGGUGGCUAAAGACACGGCAGGACCAGCUGUCAUCAUAUCCUUUGUUUUUGCAGGUAUCGCUUCUCUUCUGGCUGCCUUCUGUUAUGCAGAGUUUGGAGCACGCAUUCCUAAAACAGGAUCUGCAUAUAUGUUUACCUAUGUGUCAGUGGGAGAAGUGUGGGCCUUUCUCAUUGGCUGGAAUGUGAUUCUGGAAAACAUGAUUGGCGGUGCUGCUGUAGCGCGGGCCUGGAGUGGCUAUCUAGACUCAAUUUUUAACCAUGCUAUCCAGAACUUCACAGAAACGCAUAUCAUGCAGUGGAAUGUGCCCUUCCUUGCCCAUUACCCUGACCUCCUGGCUGCAGGAAUCCUUGUAUUUGCCUCUGUCUUCAUUUCCUUCGGAGUCCAAGUGUCCUCUUAUCUGAACCAUAUCUUCUCCACCAUCAGUAUGGGUGUCAUUGCUUUCAUCUUGGUCUUCGGCUUCGUGCUUGCCGAUCCUGCCAACUGGAGCCAGGAGCAAGGUGGCUUUGCGCCUUACGGGAUGUCAGGGAUCCUGGCAGGUUCAGCCACAUGCUUCUACGCUUUUGUGGGCUUUGAUGUGAUUGCUUCCUCCAGCGAGGAGGCAAAGAAUCCUCAGAAGGCUGUUCCCGUUGCCACUGCUAUCUCUCUUGGACUUGCGGCGACAGCCUACAUCCUGGUCUCCUGCGUGCUCACAUUGAUGGUACCCUGGCGUACCCUGGAUCCUAACUCAGCCCUGGCAGAUGCUUUCUUUCGCCGUGGCUACAGUUGGGCAGGAAUUGUUGUGGCUGUGGGCUCCAUCUGUGCCAUGAACACUGUGCUUCUCUGCAAUCUCUUCUCCCUUCCUCGGAUUGUGUACGCCAUGGCAGAGGACGGAUUGUUCUUCUCUAUUUUCGCCAGGGUCAAUCCUGUCACCAAAGUUCCGGUCAAUGCCAUUCUAGUAUUUGGAAUCCUUAUGGCUGGCAUGGCUUUGAUCUUUGACCUAGAGGCGUUGGUUCAGUUCUUGUCUAUUGGGACUCUCCUUGCGUACACCUUUGUGGCAGCGAGUGUUAUCGUGCUCCGCUUCCAACCAGAGAAGACCAACUCUAACGACACCACCACCACAUCUCCCAACGUCAACGCAGAGGUGUCCCCUGCUCCCUCAGAGUCACAGACCAUAACUGAAGACAGCGAGGAGCCCAAGCAGUAUGAGUCCUUCUCCGACAAACUCCAGCUGGUGGAGAGGCAGAAGACGAGAGAGCACCGUGGGGUGGGGCACCUGAAGGCCUACUGGGAACCCUACUUAGACAGGCUGCUGGGAGACUGUGAACCAGGUGAAGUGGUGGCUUUCUGUGUGAUGACUCUGAUUGUGAGCUCAGUAUCCCUCUGUGCUGUGCUGGAGUUUGGAAAUGAACAGCUACAGUUCCCAGUCUGGUGUUUCACAAUGCUUCUGGUGAUUUUUACCUCAGCUUAUGUUCUUAGCCUGGCACUUAUAUGGAUUCAUGAGCCACAAAGAAACAACCAAACAUUCCAGGUACCUUUGGUUCCACUGACUCCUGGUGCCAGUAUUCUCUUCAACGUAUUCCUGAUGAUGAAGCUAAGCUUCCUGACCUGGAUUCGAUUUACAGUGUGGAUUGCUAUAGGUCUCUUUGUGUAUUUUGGCUACGGGAUCUGGCACAGCAAAGAGGGAUUGAGGGAGCUGCAGCCCAAAGACAUGGCUGCCCGCUAUGUGGUGCUACCCAGCGGCAGCCUGGUGGAAACAGUGCAGUCCGUUCAGCCCGACGGUCAAGUGGUCACCUCAGCGCACCAAAUCAGCUCUUCUGCUGCCCCGACAGCCGCCGAGGCUGCAGGGAAGAGAUAAUGUGUGACCAUUCUGAGUCAUCAUCACUACUGCCUGGUUUUUGUCUGUCUCCCACGCAUCCUGUAUUAUUAGUGUACUUUCUGUAUCUCUCUCUCCCUGUUCCGCUCAACAGUCUGUACUCAUUACUCUGCUAAAGUAUCUACAAGAUAGGAUGGGAGGCACUGUCUCUUUGUUGAGCACAUGUACUGUAUAUAUGUUAUAAGAAUCAGAUGUGCACUAGAGAUAUUUAUCACUGCCCUAGGAACAUAACAUAACUGGGAACAUGCUUCUUUUCUUCUUUUUUUUUUCUUGCAGUCUUGCCAGCUUUGUGCCGAUCCAUGUUCAUACUGUGUUUGCGUUGUUACUAAGGACUUUUAAUUUUCACGUUUCAGCUUUUAAGAGUGGAGCUGGGAAUUUAGGCAUAUUUCAAAGGAACACAAACGUUCAGAAGAAAUUUGUGAUUUGUGCUUAUAAACGGUAGCCCUAUUUUGGAAGAGUACAGUUUCACAUCUGAUUUUCUUUCCAGCCUAGCGUACAAACCAGUUUAUGUCUAACUACGAGCAACGCUUAUGAAAUGAGGUACUGCAUACCGUAGAUGAACAGAUAAUGACGAUUCAUUGGUAGCUUUUUUUUUCCAUUUUUAAUUUCUUUUUUCUUUUGUUGUUAUUUUGGCAAAGAACUGCAUAAUUUCACUUUUUUUCCCUUCCAAUUUCCAUACAUGCUGCAUAAGUAUGUUUAAAUAUUUAUAAUUUAAAUAAUGUGUGCCCUCUUAAGACUCCCGUAGGCAUAAAGGAGUUUCUCAUUAUUUUUCUCCUAGUCUAUAAAAUAUAAUGUAUACUUAUUUUUCUAUGAACACCAUUCUGAUUUUUAACUGUUUCAAUUUUACCUGUUUGUAUCUUUAUUCAUCGCUACUCCUGCAUUAUAUACUUUACUUACACUUGUGGCUUUAUUAUUCUCUAUAAGAUAUUUACUUUAAAAAUUGCCUGGACUCGUCCGUUUCUUCCAUAAUUUUCUAAAUCUCAUCCCAUGACCCUCUCUUGUGUCCCUGAUCCCCAGCAUGUGAUCAGCCUUUCUCCCAUGCCUCUCCAUACUGCAGCCUUUUCUUCUUGUUUUUAUCUGAUUGGCACAGCAUUGUUUGCCAAAGCCCAUAAAACUGAGAUCAUGUCUCCAUAUUCUAUAUACAUGAGUGCAUGGACAAGCAGAAAGUUAUUCACAGGGAUCCCUUGCACAUAAAUAUUGGUAGGCAGGCAUUAUGCCCCCGUCCUGUCUCUCCGAGGCCUCCGUAAUCUGUCAGAUUUGCAGUAGUCCCUGUCGCCGGUCUGCCUCCUGACCCAGAUAAGAAAAAGCCGUAGAUGUGAGAACACUCCCAUGACACGGAGACAACAGUCACUUUACUUUUGCUCUUGUGGUCAUCAAUUUGACAUCACAUCACGUAUGUAGAAGCACCAAAAAAGAUGUCAGCUCUAUUGUUAUUGAUUUCUCUUUGCUUUUGCAUGUAACAAUAGAAACCAAUGGCCUUAAACAUGUUACACAUCUUAUCUCCAAAGCUGAUUUACCUGUUUAUUUAUUUGCCUGACGGAUGAAGAACCGUAUCUAAUCAUCGUCAUUCAUUCAUUCAACUAAAGAAUCCAAAUAUAGAUUGUAGAAAGCCUUUUGGUGUAAGAUUUGGAAGAAUUUUAUACAACUUUGCAAAUAUUUGUCCAGUAGUUUUGUUUCAUAGCUAAUGCUUUUGGUGUCAGGGUUAGUGACAAUAUAUUUAUACUGUGGUGCUUUUUUUAAGCUGAACAUUAUCACGACUCUUUCUCUCCUUUUGUGCCCUGAUGCACAAAUAUCAGCGACUAGACUUUUCUUACACCUAAAUGUCAUUGUACUCUGCAUAAGCACCUGGAAAUCACAGAUUCCUGUCAUAAUGUUUGUGUAAAAUGCAAAAAGGACAAAAAAAAAUAAAUGUUUUGAAGCAGCAUUAAAAA